CAAAAUUCAACAGUGAUUUUGCCGUAAGACGUAAACGUUGUAAUGCUGGCUCGGUAGUGAUCUAACGACAAUAAACACUACAUCAAGAAUGGCCACGGUAGAGCGAAAACGUCAAUUUUUGCGACAAUAUUAUUUAUGGGAAGUGUGGACUUUACGGCAGUGUAACUUUACGUCUCCGUGGUGCAACCUCUGUUGUAACCAAACAGCGACACAACUUUAUAAACUGUCAACGUUCCAUUAGUGUGGACUUUAGAGCCAAAUUUAAGAUAGAACUUACACACUAGUGGUGCAAAGGGCUGCUGGAAUGUGUCUCAUUGCCCAUUUGAUUUGUGACACGUUUAUCUCGGCUUGAGCUGCACCGGCAUGGUAGCGAUACUCUUAAACCGGUUUGUUGUUUGACAAAGUAAUCUCAACCCUUACGCAACCUUAGUAGUUCCUAGAACUAGGCAAGACGGAGUUAAUAGCAUGCAUAGGAACAUAAAAACCUGAGCUAGGUAGGAGAACGGCAGAAGAUGGUGGCCGUGAGUAGGUAGGCACACGGCAGAGGAUGGAGGCAGUAAGGAGGUGGAGGGCAGACUGGAGGUAUCCCACUACUCUGCUGUGCAUUUACGGAUUCUUCAGCACUGUCAAACCCCUGGAGCCUUUCCUCAUCCCGUACUUGACAGGACCGGAGAAGAAUCUGACAACUGAACAGGUAAACAAUCAGAUUUUCCCGGUGUGGACGUACUCUUACCUGUCUGUGCUGGUUCCAGUGUUCCUGCUGACUGACUGGCUGCGUUACAAGCCUGUGGUGGUGUUUCAGUCUGUCACCCUCUUUAUUACCACAGCAAUGCUACUCUGGCUGAAAAGUGUACCUGCCAUGCAGGCCAUGCAGUUCUUCUACGGGGUGGUGACAGCCAGUGAGGUGGCCUACUUCUCCUACAUCUACAGUGUGGUGGAUCAGACGAGGUACCGGAAGGCCACCUCUUACUGCCGCAGUGUCCAGCUCCUGGGCUACACAGUGGGCUCGGUGCUGGGCCAGCUGCUCAUCAGCUUCGGCCUCAUGUCUUACAACAACAUCCUGGUGCUUACUCUAGUUCUCACCGCCAUCGCUCUCCUCGUGUCCUGCCUCCUGCCAAUGCCACGGCAGAGUAUGUUCUUUCAUCGCAGACAUACUGGUCAGAAAAUAGGGAUAGAGGAAGCAAAGAGGCAUGCCAACGGGACUUGGGAUGCAACAGAACACACAAGCAUAGCAAAGAUAUCCCUGAGAGAAAUGAGAGAUGAGAAGGCAGAGGAAGCAGAAACAGAGGAUAAAGCAGGAGUGGGACUGGACGAAAAAGGAUCCGAGACUGAGGAGUCGGUUGGUUCAGAGAGCUGCAGCCAAGUCCUCAUCCUGCUGUGGAGGGACUUCCUCCAGUGCUACUCUUCCAGACAGUUGCUCUACUGGUCAGUAUGGUGGGCGAUGGCCACCUGUGGCUAUAACCAGACUGUCAACUAUGUGCAGGUGCUGUGGGAGCAUGUGCAGCCUUCUCAGAACUUAAGCAUCUACAAUGGAGGUGUGGAGGCAGUAUCCAACCUGUUGAGUGCAGCAACAGCUUACGGUAUAGGCUUUACUGAGGUGAGAUGGGAACAAUGGGGGGAGCUGGCCCUUGGUGGUUUCUCUGGACUCGGGGCAGCAGCACUCUUUCUCAUGACCUUCGUCUGCAACAUCUGGGUCUGCUACGCUGGUUAUGUCGUUUUCAAGUGCCUGUACAUGCUGCUGAUAACAAUAGCCAUGUACCAGAUUGCAGCUGACCUGUCAAUGGAAAGAUAUGCACUGGUCUUUGGAGCAAACAACUUUGGAGCAUUGACUUUACAGACAAUCAUCACUUCUGUUGUGGUGGACAGUAGAGGACUGGGCCUGGGCAUCAUUCCUCAGUUCACCAUAUAUGCCAGCUACUUCUCAUUGAUCGCUGUUGUUUUUUCACUUCGGGGACUGUUUAUCAUUUGGAGAGCGCAAAGAAACAAGAAAGAGUCCACCACUUCAGUCAAAAAUGAUUCCCCAGAGUUGGUCGAACACAGAUUCUGAACACGAGGGAUUUGAUACUACCACCUUGUGCUUUUGGUCUCCAUUCUUUCCAAGUGACAACAUGCUGAUUUUAAAGUUUCAUAUUACCGACUGCAACACCAUGAAUAUAAAUCUUAGAUAUA